AUGGAGGUCUAUUAUGACGACAUGCUGGUCAAAAGUACCCGAGCCGACCAACACGCAGCCAACUUCCGUGUCACCUUCUCCAUCUUACGAUGUUAUAAUACGAAGCUGAACCCAACCAAGUGCUUACUCAGCUAUCUGGUUAGCCACAGGAGUAUCGAAGCUAACCUGGAGAAAAUCCAGGCCCUCAUCGGCAUUACCCAGCCCAGAACCAGGAAGGAAGUCUAG